AUGUCAGCCAUUUACGCUGAAGCAGGCACGGGCAAGUCGGUCGCCACCUUGCUUGCAGCCACUGAAGUGGCCAACAGAAGGACAGACUUCUUCGUGGUGUUGCAAGACGAUCUGUCUGUCGCCCUGCGACUCUUUUUCCGCAUUUCCGAAGUUCGCUCGGCAGCUUCCAUCGCGAAAAGUUUCUUUAUCGGCUUAGAGCAGAAGAGCAUCACACUCCGUCUGGUUUUUGACAACGUGUUGGACGGUGGCGUCAGCAGCGAUGCAGAGAGAGAUAUCCUCACAGCACUUGCACGAGGUGCGAGUGAACAUGGACACCAAGUCCUCUUCACGAUGAAGGAUGAGAAAGCUGCAGCGUCCAUCGCCGGACUCAAUGGCGACACGACCUUCGUCGCAGAACUACAAGACAAACGACAUGGCGCCUACAGAUGGAACAAAACUGAAACCGAGCAGCUGAUUCGGACAUUCAAGAAUCCGAAUGGGAUGGAUACAGCAGCAAUUUUGGAAGCCUCGCAAAUUCCAGAUGAGCUUGGCGGCUGGAGACCUCGGGCUACGAAGUUGUUCAUGAAGUAUGGUCGAAAGCCUUCCGCACCUCACAAACCAGGCCCAUUUGCCGGAUCCGCAGGCUCUGCAGGCACUACCUCAACGUCAUCCGUCUGGAUACGGGAGCUGAUCUGCAAGGAUCGGACGGUCACAGGAAAGCUGAGGCCCGAGGAGGAGCUCGAGCCGACGGGCAAUGCGUUCCAAGUGGAAGGAACCUUGACUAUCGUGGAUGACUUGAAGAAGGCAAUCGACCCUUCCUUGUCUCCGUAUCAAGCGUCCAAGAUCGGAAUCUACAGCCAGAAGGAGGAUGGGCGCUGGGUGCCGGAAGAUGAAGAAACAAAAGUAAAUCGCGGCACAUCCAAGGCAGAUUGCUACGGGUUCGUGCUGCCACCAGCGGACGACGUAUAA